UUAGAUGUACCACUCAUGAGAAGCUUAAUUCAUAUGGAGCAGGCGAAUAAUAAAAGUUCAGAGGACGAUGUGGUGGCUCCAGUGGGUAAUAACAAAGAUUAUGUUGUGCUGAAACCGUCGUUCAAUACAGCCAUCAAGUGCUUGAAAUGCGACAAAGUGUUUAUAUUUCCCGCGAACAGAGAUGACUGCCUAGCGCACCUGUAUCUCGAGCAUCGUCUGGUCAUUGCGGAUGUGGAUGACAUUGCGCUGCUGGAGGAUUACUUGCAGUAUUGGGAAAAGGAGUUUCAGGCUCAUGAAUUCGAACAGUACUGCACAACUAUGUUUCUGGAUCAACUGCCUGACGGAAGCUACGCCAAGAAUGAGAAAUACUAUCUGCUCUGUGAUAUAUUGCCGCAGGACUUUGAGCUACGCAAGCGGCUCCAGGAACAGCGGUUGAGUGCAGCUCUAGUGCGUCAUCAGUUUGAGCUGACGGAUCGCACGUUCAGCAAGGAAUGCCUAUUCUGUCGUACUGUAAUUAAAGGACUGCGGGCUGAUUACUUGGAUCAUCUAUUUGACAAGCAUUUCUUGCUUGUGGGCAAGCCCGAAAAGCUAGUUUAUGUGGACGAGCUGCUCGAGCAAUUGGAAGAAAAUUUAAAUAGAUUAUUAUGCCUGUAUUGCGAAAAGACAUUUAAGGAUCGACCCACGUUAAAGGAGCACAUGCGUAAGAAAGGCCACAAGCGUAUAAAUCCCAAUCGCCGCGAGUAUGACAAAUUUUUCCUGGUCAACUAUAAUCGCACUACGUCGCCAAAUUCGCAUCGAAAACAACAAAGACAGAAACGUAAAUCUCUCGGCGAAGACAAUGCCAGCGUGGACUUCGACAAGCAUUUUGCUCGCCAAGACUCCGAUGCAGAACAUGAUUCGGAUUGGUCAGAUUGGGCAGGAGACGGAGAACCCAAUGCCAUAAAGUGCUUGUACUGCGCCCAGGAAGAAGCUCAGUUUGGCACAUUGAAAGAACACAUGCUUGAGAAGCAUGGCUUGGAUUUUGAGUCAGUGACCAAUUCCUUGAACUUUUAUCAAAAGAUUAAAAUUGUCAACUUUGUGCGGCGACAGCUGUGCUUGAUGCGUUGUGUGUCCUGUGAUCUACAAUUUGACAGUUUCGAACUUCUUGCCGAACACAUGGCUGCGGAGUCGCAUUGUGGUAUCGGCGAGCGUACUAAGUGGGAUAAACCAGAAUUCUUCUUCCCGUAUAUGGAAAACGAUGGUCUUCUAUGCGUACUCGAUGAUAGUAACGGCGAUGAUGUGGAUUCUGAUGUAGUGCGCAUCAUAUCAGAGGAUAGUUUGGCCCAAAUAAACAAGGAUGCAGAGCGUUUGUCUUUAGAGAACUUCACAUUAUAAGUUGUCGUAAACUGUGUUUCAAAAACAUCUAGAUUUAUUAAAAAUAAUCAACAAAUUACAAACUUUCA